AUGUCAUAAGUGGCAUGCUUCGGGAAUUUUUUUUCCCCUAUCCCUUCCCUGGGGCCUGAGGGACAGUGGAAGGAAUAGAGAGAGCAUGAUGACAUAGAGAGAAUAGACGAUAAAACAAGGGGAAAGAGAGUGAGAUUCAAAAUUGAAGGAGCCCCCCCAGACCCGGUCGAGCCUAGCUGCUCGGAGGAAGAUGUUGAAUUGAAUUGA